GACUAACUUUGGAUUUUCCCUCCCCUCUCGACCAAUCAGAUUCUGUUACCAGGCAGACUUUCGCUGCCUUCGUCUUGGUGGCAGCAACGACCAAUCACAGAGCAGGCCGUGCGUGUAUCCAGGCAGACCGCGGCUGGGACAACCAUUCAGAAAAAGGAAAAUAAAAGCAACGCACGAGCCCGCCGGCCGGGCACCGUGGGGCUGGGCUGGAGCGGAGGUAGCCAAGGGGCUAGUUUCUCUUUCUCUCUUACCUAUCUCAUGUCCGUGCUGGAAGGUGACGGUGCCGAGGUAGGAGGGGCGACAGGACUUGGGUGCCAGCAGGACCAGCUUUCCGCAGCUCCUCACCCCUUUAGUCCUCAUGCUGGGAUGGCAGAAGAUAAACCUGAUGUUAAAAGUCCCAGGGUUGGGGCAAGGCCCCAAGGUGGUGCUGAAGCUGGGGAACCCACCACCCUUCUUCAAAGGCUCCGAGGUACCAUUUCCAAGGCCGUGCAGAACAAAGUCGAGGGAAUUCUGCAAGAAGUACAGAAGUUCUCUGACAACGACAAGCUCUAUCUCUACCUUCAGCUCCCUUCAGGGCCCAGCAUUGGCGAUAAAAGCUCAGAGCCGAGUAUACUUAGCAAUGAGGAGUAUAUGUAUGCCUGUAGGUGGAUCCGCAACCACCUGGAAGAGCACAUGGAUACCUGUCUGCCAAAGCAAAGUGUCUAUGAUGCCUAUCGAAAGUACUGUGAGAGUCUUGCCUGUUGCCGCCCACUCAGCACAGCCAACUUCGGUAAAAUCAUCAGAGAGAUCUUCCCUGACAUCAAGGCCCGACGACUUGGUGGUCGGGGCCAAUCCAAGUAUUGCUACAGUGGCAUCCGAAGGAAGACCUUGGUGUCUAUGCCACCAUUGCCUGGACUUGACCUAAAGGGUUCUGAGAGUCCAGAAAUGGGCCCAGAAGUAACCCAAGCACCUCGGGAUGAACUGGUAGAGGCAGCCUGUGCCCUGACUUGUGACUGGGCAGAGCAGAUCCUGAAACGGUCCUUCAGUUCCAUAGUUCAGGUCGCCCGCUACCUACUACAGCAGCAUCUCAUCUCUGCCCGAUCUGCACAUGCUCAUGUGCUUAAGGCUGGGGGGCUUGCUGAAGAGGAAGAGCGAGCCCCUCGGGAACGGUCAUCAUGUAAAUCCAAGAAUGGCGUAGAGAACCUGGAAGGUGGAGGCCCCAAGAAGCCAGAGAGACCAGCCCAGCCUCCUAAGGAGCUAGAAGUCCGAGCUGGAACUGACACCCCAGGACGUGGAGAACGGAAGAAGAGUGUAAUUGACAGCCCAGCCCCCGCAGCCAGUAAGCCACAAGUUAAUGCCCUUGUGGCCCGCCUGCCUGUGCUCCUUCCCCGAGCACCACAGUCACUUAUUACACCCAUUCUGGCUCCUAAGCUUUCUCCAGGCACUCUGAAAGUAGCUACAUUGCCUCUGCCUGCUAGGGUUGGGGGACCCCAGGCAGCUGUGCCCAUCAUUAACAUGAUCUUACCACCUGUUCCUACUUUAUCAGGGGCUGGGGCUAGAAUUGGGCCUGGGCUCGGGGCUGUGCCUGCACCUGGGCCUGGGGCUGGGGCUGGGGCUGGGGCUGGGGCUGGGGCUGGGCCUGGGCCUGGGCCCGGGGCUGGGCCUGGGGCUGGGCCUGGGGCUGGGCGAAUUCCACCUAGGACACUACUUCUGCCUCGAGGCACAGAGAACAGGGAGGUAGUGAUAAGUGGUGACCCACGACCCCAUGACAAAGGUAUCAAAAGGACAGCGGAAGUGCCUCUGAGUGAGGCCAGUGGGCAGGACCCACCGGUUAAAGAAGUGAAGCAAGAGGCCGAGGCCACAGUGAGUGAGGCGAAAAGGAAGCGGGGACGCCCUCGAAAAAAGCCAGGCGGGAGUGGGGAGAGGAAUGCUACUCCAGAGAAGGCAGCAGCCGCAGCUGCUGUGAACUCUCCCCGAUCUCCGAGGUUACUCUGGGAGACAUGGAGCUCCAAAGGAGAAAACAACUUAGUUGGGAGACCAGAAAGACUAGGGCCAAUGGGUGACGCCAAGCAGGAGACAGUGCCUACUCAAGGUCAGGAAGAUGGUGCUGUUUCCAAAGGAGAAAGGAGCCUGAGUUCCCAGCCAGCCAAAGAAGCAGAAGAUAAAAUUCCUCCCAUCACCUCAAAAGUGAGUGUUAUCAAGGGCGGAAUUCCAAAGGAGGCCCUUUCGUUGGUAAAGGGAGAGGCUGACACCACAACACAGGGUAACAAAGGGUUAAAGGGUCGUGGACUUCAGAGUUGCCUAACCCAGGAGCAUAAAGACCCCAAAGCAACACCCCCAUGAUAGAUAGCUCUGUGGGGAAGAAUGGCUAUGUUCAUUUGAGCUCAACCUGCCUGCCUGGUAGAGGCCCUUCACUGCACCUGCUUCUCAUUCAGCUAGUCUUUCCCUAAAGGAGCCCAUUGGCCUGGCUUGUAUAGUGCCUGGCAGCUGCUACAGACCUUUCCAGCUCAAUACCUUGGCUUAAUACAACCAGUAAAUUAUAAUGACCUUCCCACCUAGAUCCCUGUGCUCUCCUGGGGGAAAUAGAGAUAGGGUAAAUGUGAAUGUAGGUUAGGGAUAUUCUGGCUUCCAAUCAUAGAAAACUUAGAACUCACUUAAGACAAAAGCUGUUAAUUGGCUUAUGAAAUUGGAAAGUCAAGAGGUAGUGCUGGCUCCAGGUGAGGUGUGAUCUGAUCGCUCGGUACGUUUCUCACGGCUUCACCUGAUAAUGUAAAAUCAUCCUUAGUUUGGACCAUUCACAGCUGCCAGCACUCCCAGGACUGCGUUUGCCCAUUAUAUCUAAGCAGAAAGAAAGGGUAUCACUGUGUCAGGAAUCCUAGCAAAAGCCCAAAGAUUUACCAUGAUGAAACCAGCCUGGGUCAGGUGGUGACCAACAAGUGUGGCCAGGAAGAUGUUUAUGCUAAUGUGUUUAUUAUACAUCAUGGACCAGCUUUGGAAAAAGGGUGGAAUUGGCCUUCUCACACCACAGACUCCCCAGAUGGAGACUUGGGGUGGAG